AUGAUGACUGUGUGGUGGCCCUGCCUUGUGUUGGCUCUGCUCUCUGGCUUGGAGACCUCUGGCUUUCCGAGAAGUCCCCUCCGGCUGCUUGGGAAACGGAGCCUCCCAGAAGGGGUGGUAGAUGGCAUCGAGGUUUACAGCACCAAGAUCAGCUGCAAGGUGACCUCCCGCUUUGCUCACAAUGUUGUCACCACAAGGGCUGUCAACCGCGCAGACACGGCCAAGGAGGUUUCCUUCGAUGUAGAACUGCCCAAGACAGCCUUCAUCACCAACUUCACCUUGACCAUUGAUGGUGUCACCUACCCUGGGAAUGUCAAGGAGAAGGAAGUUGCCCAGAAACAAUAUGAAAAGGCUGUGUCCCAGGGCAAGACUGCCGGUUUGGUCAAGGCCUCUGGGAGGAAACUGGAAAAGUUCACAGUGUCUGUCAACGUGGCUGCAGGCAGCAAAGUCACCUUCGAGCUAACCUACGAAGAACUACUCAAGAGAAACAAGGGCAGGUACGAGAUGUACCUUAAGGUCCAGCCCAAACAACUGGUCAGACACUUUGAGAUUGAUGCACGCAUCUUCGAGCCACAGGGCAUCAGCAUGCUGGACGCUGAAGCCUCAUUCAUCACUAAUGACCUCCUGGGAAGCGCCCUCACCAAGUCCUUCUCAGGGAAAAAGGGGCACGUGUCUUUCAAGCCUAGCUUAGACCAGCAGCGCUCAUGCCCAACCUGCACAGACUCCCUCCUCAACGGGGACUUCACCAUCGUCUAUGACGUGAACAGAGAGUCUCCAGCGAAUGUGCAGAUAGUCAAUGGCUACUUUGUGCACUUCUUCGCGCCCCAAGGCCUUCCAGUGGUGCCCAAGAACAUAGUCUUUGUGAUUGACGUCAGCGGCUCCAUGUCCGGUCGGAAAAUUCAGCAGACCAGGGAAGCCCUUCUCAAAAUCCUGGAUGACAUGAAAGAAGACGACUAUCUGAAUUUCAUUCUCUUCAGCACUGAUGUGACCACCUGGAAAGAUCACCUCGUUCAAGCCACCCCUGCAAACCUCGAGGAGGCCAGGACAUUCGUCAAGAACAUCCACGAUAAAAGCAUGACCAACAUCAAUGAUGGGCUGAUGAGGGGCAUUGAAAUGCUGAACAAGGCCAGAGAGGAGCACAUUGUCCCGGAGAGGAGCACCUCCAUCAUCAUCAUGUUGACAGAUGGGGAUGCCAAUAUGGGCGAGAGCAGACCUGAAAAGAUCCAGGAAAAUGUCCGGAACGCCAUCGGGGGCAAGUUCCCUUUGUAUAACCUGGGUUUUGGCAACAAUCUGAAUUAUAAUUUCCUGGAGACUCUGGCCCUGGAGAACCACGGGCUUGCCAGGCGCAUUUACGAAGAUUCGGAUGCCAACUUGCAGCUGCAGGGCUUCUAUGAGGAGGUAGCUAACCCGCUGCUGACUAAUGUGGAGGUGGAAUACCCCGAGAAUGCCAUCCUCGACCUCACCAGAAACAGUUACCCCCACUUCUAUGAUGGCUCUGAGAUUGUUGUAGCAGGACGCCUGGUGGACAGGAACGUGAACAACUUCAAAGCUGAUGUGAAGGGCCAUGGGGCCUUGAAUGACCUGACCUUCACAGAGGAUGUAGACAUGAAGGAGAUGGACGCAGCCCUGAAGGAACAAGGCUACAUUUUUGGGGACUACAUUGAGCGGCUCUGGGCCUACCUCACUAUCGAGCAGCUCCUGGAGAAACGCAAGAAUGCCCGUGGGGAUGAGAAGGAGAACAUCACGGCGGAGGCCCUGGAACUGUCCCUCAAGUACCACUUUGUAACUCCACUGACCUCCAUGGUGGUGACCAAGCCUGAGGACAAUGAGGACCAGACCUCUAUUGCUGACAAGCCCGGAGAAGGUGCCAUCUCUGAGACAAGUUCCAUGGCCUACCUGACCAGUCACCAGUCCAGUCCGAGCCCCUACUAUUAUGUGGAUGGGGACCCCCACUUCAUCAUCCAAGUCCCGGGAAAAAACGACAGCAUCUGCUUCAACAUUGAUGAGAAGCCUGGCACGGUGCUGCGCCUUAUUCAGGACCCAGUCACAGGUAUCACAGUGACUGGACAGAUCAUUGGAGAUAAGGGAAGCAAUGCUUCUUCCAGGACAGGGAAAACUUAUUUUGGUAAACUGGGCAUUACCAAUGCUUGGAUGGACUUCCGGGUUGAGGUGACCACGGAGAAAAUCAUCCUAGGGAACGGGGCUGCACUGAGCACGUUCAGUUGGCUGGACACAGUCACAGUCACAGAGACCGGGCUGUCUGUAACAAUCAACAGGAAAAAGAAUAUGGUGGUGUCCUUUGGAGAUGGGAUUAGCUUUGUGAUCAUCCUACAUCAGGUUUGGAAGAAACAUCCAGUUCACCAGGACUUCCUAGGGUUCUACGUGGUGGACAGUCACCGGAUGUCAGCACAGACACAUGGGCUCCUGGGCCAGUUCUUCCAACCCUUUGACUUUGAAGUGUUUGACAUCCGCCCAGGCUCUGACCCCACAAAGCCAGAUGCCACAAUGGUGGUGAAGAGCCAUCAGUUGACUGUCACGAGGGGCUCCCAGAAAGAUUACAGGAAGAACGCCAGCGUUGGCACCAAAGUUGUCUGCUGGUUUGUCCACAACAACGGAGAAGGGCUAAUCGAUGGCGUCCACACGGACUAUAUUGUCCCCACCUUGUUCUGAGUACACGUGGCAGCUGUGGCUGAAGUAGAAGGCCUGGAUUGCCUGGAAAAGGGGCAGAGAAUGGGGCUUGUGGGAAGGACCGGGACA